AUGAACGCAGGACCAGUCGUGCAUGAUCGCGGGCCAAGUAGUCGCAAAUUGGUCGUGCUACUGGUCGUGCCACUCUACGAUUGGUGGUACCACCGAUCGUACGACCUCACAAUUGGUCGUACGAUCAGUCACGACCUGUCCCGAGCGUUUGCACGACCUUACGAUCGGUCGCACCACCAGUCUUUACCUCGCAAACCACUUUCCUGGGUACAGGUAACAAAAUGGCGGAUAUACAAGCAAUGUUGUUACUGCAGCAUCACUACGGCGUCGAAACCAACGAGCGAGAAGUACUGGGUACUGGGUGCGUCCCUGGAUCGAGAGGCGGUUCGAUUACGCCAAUCUAAUGGUGACGAAUAUGCACCUCACCUGUGCGUUGUAACUGUUCAUUCGUUAGCCAACGAGUCUGCGUGCGCAAGGUUGUACCUCCAUAAGUUGCACAGGACCACACCCUCCUGUGAACCCUCCAACUACACAGACCACACCAUCUGUGAAACCCUCAAUAACUACACAGACCACACCCUCCUAUGUACCCUCCAUAACUACCAUGACCACACCCUCCUGUGUACCCUCAAUAACUACACAGACCACACCCUCCUGUGUACCCUCCAUAACUACAAACACCAAAUCCUCCUGCGUACCUUCCAUAACUACACAGACCAUACCCUCCUGUGUACCCCCAUAACUACAAGGACCAUACCCUCCUGUGUACCCUCCAUAACUACACAGACCACACCCUCCUGUGUACCCUCCAUAACUACACAGACCACACCCUCCUGUGUACCCUCCAUAACUACACAGACUACACCCUCCUGUGUACCCUCCAUAACUACACAGACUACACCAUCCAGUGUACCCUCCACAACUACACAGACCACACCAUCCAGUGUACCCUCCACAACUACACAGACCACACCAUCCAGUGUACCCUCCACAACUACACAGACCACACCCUCCUGUGUACCCUCCAUAACUACACAGACCACACCCUCCUGUGAACCCUCCAUAACUACACAGACCACACCCUCCUGUGAACCCUCAAUAACUACACAGACCACACCCUCCUGUGUACCCUCCAUAACUACACAGACCACACCCUCCUGUGUACCCUCCAUAACUACACAGACCACACCCUCCUAUGUACCCUCCAUAACUACCAUGACCACACCCUCCUGUGUACCCUCCAUAAGUGCACAGACCACACCCUCCUGUGUACCCUCCAUAACUACACAGACCACACCCUCCUGUGUACCCUCCAUAACUACACAGACCACACCCUCCUGUGUACCCUCCAUAACUACACAGACCACACCCUCCUGUGUACCCUCCAUAACUACAAGGACCAUACCCUCCUGUGUACCCUCCAUAACUACACAGACUACACCAUCCAGUGUACCCUCCACAACUACACAGACCACACCCUCCUGUGUACCCUCCAUAACUACACAGACCACACUCUCCUGUGUACCCUCCAUAACUACACAGACCACACCCUCCUAUGUACCCUCCAUAACUACCAUGACCACACCCUCCUGUGUACCCUCCAUAAACUACACCAUCCAGUGUACCCUCCACAACUACACAGACCACACCCUCCUGUGUACCCUCCAUAACUACACAGACCACACUCUCCUGUGUACCCUCCAUAACUACACAGACCACAACCUCUUGUGUACCCUCCAUACCCUCCUGUGUACCCUUAAUAACUACACGGACUCCAUCCUCCUGUGUAACCUCAAUAACUACACAGACCACACCCUCCUAUGUACCCUCCAAAAUUACACGGACCACACCCUCCUGUGUACCCUCCAUAACUACACAGACUACACCCUCCUGUGUACCCUCCAUAACUACACAGACCACACCCUCCUGUGUUCCCUCCAUAACUACACGGACUCCAUCCUCCUGUGUACCCUCCAUAACUACGCGGACUCCAUCCUCUUGUGUACCCUCCAUACACAUAUCACACCCUCCUGUAUUCCCGACGUAACUACACAAACCACACCCUCCUGUAUACCCGACGUAACUACACAGACCACACCCUCCUGUAUACCCGACGUAACUACACAUAUCACACCCUCCUGUAUACCCGACGUAACUACACAUAUCACACCCUCCUGUAUACCCGACGUAACUACACAAACCACACCCUCCUGUAUACCCGACGUAACUACACAGACCACACCCUCCUGUAUACCCGACGUAACUACACAGACCACACCCUCCUGUAUACCCGACGUAACUACACAGACCACAGCCUCAUGUUCAUCCUCCAAUGCUAUUAGACUACAAAUUCAUAUUAACCCUCCAUAA